UGCAGGCAGGAAUGCUAGACAGAUCGGAGCACCGGCCCAUUGAGAUAACAGCAUCGCUCGGCAUUGCACCUCCGGCAGGGAGCUACGACUGCUUACUGUAUGUGCUGAAGCAAAAGAGAAGAGGAAAAGGAGCCGGGAGGAGGGAGCAGCCUGUUCCACUGAUUGUCCUGGCAUCAGCUGUGACUCUCACCUGCCAGAGCUGCACUGGCUCUCUCCUCUUCACAGAUCUGUGUUAGAGACUGUCUGUUUAGCAGAAACAGAAGCAGCGAGAGCUGGCAGCAGCCACCACGACAUUGGAGAGCUACGGAGUUGCAGUGUUCAUACACACGCACAACACACAUGCUCUCCCGCUUCUGCUCUUGUUUCUGAAGCGCAACGAAGCACUCUCCAGAUCUGUGCUCAGACCCCAUCACAGGAGAAGGAACAGCUCAGAGAAGGACAAGCAUCAGGGUCAGCAGUGCAGAGAGCCAUGGGCUACAGCUUGGCUUAGUGCAUCAGGAAUCUGGGGAGCAGAACCCUAGCCAGCAGGACCAGUGCCUGGAGACUGGAGCCAAAUUUGCCACUUUCUCUCUCAGGCUGGUGCACUGAGGCUCUGACCUUCACUUGAGCCACCCUCUUACUUUUUGCUCCUGGGCAAGGACCUAUUCCAGGUCACAAAAGACAGGAAUGGAGACCACUCUGACCUGCAGUACUGCCACCUUUUCCCAAGUCUUUGGUCGCCAGGGGCAGCUCAUGCAAGCUGCUGUGCAGUCGCUCAACAGCUUGAAUGACCAGAUCGCCCACUUCAUGGUGAACAGACCCAAGGCUCUGGAUGAUGAGGAUGAUGCUUUCCUUCCCAGUGAAAAGGAGACACUGAAGAAGUCUAUGACCUUGAUGAGACACCUACUGAUGGAUGCACAGGCCAAAAUUCUUAAAAUGAUGGACGACAACAAACAACUGGCUCACCGGAUCGAUGGGGCCAUUCAGUCUGCCAGUCAGGAAGUGACCAACCUGCGUUCUGAGCUGUCGGCAACCAGCAGGAGGCUGGCAGAGCUGGGCGCCAACGAGCCCCCUGUCAUGGAGAACAAUCAACAGAACAGCCACGAUCCCGCUGUUCACCAACGGCAGAAAGUAGUGACAGACAUUUGCUUCAAAACUGACAUAACAAGCCUGAUGGACUUCAGCACUCCUGACUCCUCUCUGGAUAAAGUGCUGCUGCGAGAGGAGGUGGUCCAGCUGCAGGAGGAGGUCCAUCUGCUGAGGCAGAUGAAGGAGAUGUUGGCGAAGGAUCUGGAGGAGUCCUCCCAGGGAGGCUGCUCAGCAGAGCUGCUGUCUGCCACUGAGCUCAAGGUGCAGCUGGCACAGAAGGAGCAGGAGCUGGCUCGUGCCAAGGAGGCCUUGCAAGCAAUGAAGGCUGAUCGCAAGCGCUUGAAGGCAGAGAAGGCUGACCUGGUGAACCAGAUGCAACAGCUGUAUGCUACACUGGAGAGCCGAGAGGAGCAACUCCGUGACUUCAUACGGAACUAUGAGCAGCACAGAAAAGAGAGUGAGGACGCAGUGAAGGCACUGGCCAAGGAGAAGGAUCUACUGGAGAGGGAGAAGUGGGACCUGAGACGGCAAACCAAAGAGGCCACAGAGCAUGCUGGCACUCUGCGGUCCCAGCUGGACCUGAAAGAGAACAGGAUCAAGGAGCUGGAGGCAGAGCUGGCCAUGAUGAGUAACUGUGUGGCACAGAAAAAGGAGUUCCGAGUGUUUGACCGCCCUGUGGAGAAGGAGCCCUCCCCCAGGGCCUUGGCGGCGAAGCAGUCCCUAGCCACCCUUACCAAGGAUGUCCCCAAGAGGCACUCCCUGGCCAUGCCAUCUGAGGCGGUGCUCAAUGGUAACCAAGAAUGGGUGAUGCAGGCUGAUCUGCCCCUGACCGCAGCCAUCCGGCAGAGCCAGCAGACCCUUUACCACGGGCACAGCGGCCACCCUUGUGAGCGGCAAGCGGCUGUGAGGGUGAGUCCCUGUCACUCCCGUCAGCCCUCCAUCAUCUCAGAUGCAUCGGCUGCGGAGGGAGAUCGCUCCUCCACCCCCAGCGAUAUCAACUCCCCUCGGCACCGGACGCACUCCCUCUGCAAUGUAAGAGCUCCUCGUGGUCGACACGUUACCCCAAUCACUGGAGGACCUCGAAGACCAGAAGCGCAAGAAGAAGAAGGAGAAAAUGGGUCUUGGGUCCCUAUCACGGGUCUUCGCCCGGGGGAAGCAGCGCAAGUCUCUAGACCCAGGCCUGUUUGAUGGUACUUCUACUCCCGAUUAUUACAUAGAGGAGGACGCCGACUGGUGAUGCCACCAGCCUGAGUGCUCUGUGUGUGUGCGUGUGUGAAUGAGCAGUGUGAGUCCUGACAGACACAAAGACAGAAAUGUCAGUAAUGAGCCCUUUUCUCCUGCUGUGUCUCUGCCUCCCUGUAAUGUACGUAUUUGCAAACGAAACAAAAUAUAUGUAUGUAUAUAGAAUAUAUAUUUAUACGUAUAUAUGUAUAUAUAUGUGGGAUUAUUACAUGUGGAUAUGUUAACUGUCGUCUUCAGAGAGAUACGACUGUGUUUUAAUCUUUUACUUGUCUUUAUAUAUUUCUUUCCAAUAACUGGAAACUUGAAGGACUGCUGUGUAUUUGUAAAUAACAGUCAUUGUGCACUUUGUGCUUGUAAAUGUCUUUUGUCCUGAAUGCUUUUUUUUUAAUUUGGUUUUAAUUCACCUGUCUUUAUAUUUUUCUAUCAAUACUCCAAUUGAUCUGCAUAUUUGAUUUGUAUUGCUCAAGAAUACAUGAGAUAUUCACCCGGCUCCUGAAGAAACAGUAUCCCUUAAGCAAGCUGCAGGGCUUCAGUCUCAGGAGUAAAUCUGUUUCAAUUAGGAUCUGCAGAGUAACACAGCUAAGUGAAAUCUGGAUACAUGAAUGGCUCUGGGGUGACACGUGGAAAAUUAUAGCUUUCUAUCUGAGCUCUCUAUCUGUUAAUCUUCAGGACUCCCACUCUCUCCUCCUCACUCAGUUUCAAGGUUCAGAUCUGGAGGUUCUGUUUCCAGUUCAUAGCCAGGAUGAGACCUGCAUGUGCAGCACAAAGACAAUAGUAUUUAAAGUUUGUACUGACAUUUCAAAGAUUUAUGGAAUUUGUAAGGCUUAUAAAAUUGUAAUUUUUCUUAAUUCCAUAGGGGGAAGUGAGACAUUAUUGUGUUCCUCCUCAUCGUAGCUAAUUUCUUGUGUUUUAAAAAAUGUUUUUUUCACAAAAUAUUAAAAAAUAGAAGAGUGAUUUGGUGGAACUUCUCUUACAUUUCACCAGUGUGUUCUGUCCAGAGUGUUGUCUGCCAGAGCAGAAUUAGCAGGAAUGCCCAGUGUUCAUGAGAAGAGAGUGACUUGGUGCAUGAAUGUGUAUCAGCUUGUCAGCAGUGAGCUGUCAGCUCCAGAGAGAACCUGCUGAGUUUAAUGGAAUCCCAGUUAAAGGGAGGAUGGGGAAGAGUCAAACUGACAAUUUACCUAGGAAAAUUUCCAUCCAUCUUGAAUGUUCUUGCAGCACUUAAAGUUAAAAAGUAAGAGCCUGUCAGAGGCUGUAUGUGAGUGACUCUGUGAAAGAGCUCAAUAGUCUCUCUAUAAAAGCCUCUCUAAUGAAGGUCAUUAGCACAGAAAUUAUACGAGCCUGCAAGCUCUCGUGUUGUUGAUGUGCAUUACAGUCUAUGCACAAUGUUUUUCAUGGCUCUAUAUAAUGAAAAUAAAAUGAAUGAGAAAUUGGCAUUUCAUUGUAAAAACUGGCCAAUACAGCAUCAGCCACAGUUAUGAUAAAAUAGCUUGCUGGCCUGCUCAGUGUAAUCAGAAUCUUGUUUUUUAAGCUGUGUUUAAACUGUGAAUUUGGCACAUACUGUAGCUAGAAUCACUUCCUACCAGCCUCACAGUCCAAUGCAAAGUGGUCAAUGCACAAUGAGGUUAUGUAACCCAGCAGCCAUAUCACCCUGCAACUCACAACUGGCAGCCCGCUGAAGCUAAGCAGGUGUGAGCCUGGUUAGUACC